AUGUCAGUUCUAAUUUUAUUGCUAUUCAUUGUGGAACUAAGUUGUCUGGAAGUUUACUACGAUGACUUGACGUACUUCCCGAAGGAUUCAAAUGAUAUCAUUAAUUAUAGAUAUAUGAAGCUUACAAGAAGCAGGGACAAGACUUUAAUUUACUUCCGAGGAAAUUUUACAGUUUUGACUGAUCUUGGGAAUCAAAAGCUUGUCGUCCUGGAGCUGCACAAUGAAAAUGCAAUGAUGGUUCGGUCUGUUAAGCCAUUUUGUGUAUUCGUAAAGGAAGAAACAAUCUUUUGGCCAAGUCUGAUUAAGUCGAGCAACAUGCCAAAAGAUAAUCCAUGUCCAUUUCCAGCAGGACGUUAUAGACUUCAAAAGUUUUCAUUGCCUUUUUCCAAAAGCUUAGUUCAACCUCUAAAUAGUGGAAAGUAUCAGAUGAAUAUUAUAUUGCAGGAAAAUGGAAAGGAUCUGAUCAAAUAUGAAAUUUAUUUUACUGUAAAGAAAUGA